CUUCAACGCCAGCGGAGCCGCGUGAUUGUGCAGCAGCCAGCAAGGGCCAGCAGAGCUUUCCUUGAUCGUGAUAUCGUUGUUUAUCCUAGUGGAAAUCGCAGACCAGCAGCACGUAGAGCUAAUGUUGUCUACGUUGAUGAAGCGAUGAGUUCAAGGGUGCAACGAUCUGCUCAGAGUAAUGUUCGGUUCAUCAGGAAAAGACCUAAUAGACAAUUUGUGUCUUAUGACGAUGUUGAUGAUGACAUGGAUCGUUUCCCCUCAAGCAGCAGAUUUAAUGGAAAUGGAAGGACAAGGCGAAGGGGACGCGGAUUCGAUGCCGAAUAUCAGUUUUAA